UUAAUCAAAUUUAUUUGUAAAAAAAUUGUUUUUCAACCAAAUUUAAAAAUGGAUAAAGUUUCGAUGGGAAUAACAACCGUUAAAGGCGUUUUAAAUUAAUGCCAACAUUAAUUUGUUGCCCACUCGUUCGUUGCGACAACAGUGCUGUAUAACGCACAUAGCUGCGAGCUGAAUCAAAACAGCUGUUUUGUUUUUAGCAAUGUCGUUGUUACACACAGUUAUUAAAUCAUUAUCUAAACGUUUAAUAUUGCAAGGCGCUGGCGUUCAGCAAAAUUAUUUGCGUAUCGCCGCCAAACCCCAUCAUGCAGACUCCCGAACAUUUGCAACACCAACGCGCAGUAUUUGGGGCUAUGUGGCUGUGGCCUUCAACCAGGUGGACGCAGAUCGUUUGGCAAAAGUGGGUCCGAAUCGGCUCUGCGCCGAGUGGGUGGUAAAAAACGGUGGCGGCGUACGCUUUACAGAGAGUCCAACCAAACUAUGGAAGGACUACAAUCAGCUGCCGUCGGAGAACACUGCGUUUCGCAUUAAAGUUGUAGAUGCCUCAAAUGCUUCGGUCAUGAAAAUUGGGCUCGAACAUUUGAAAGGCUGCGACCACAUAGACACGGUCAUCUUUCACAAUUGUAAGCACCUGGAGAAUGAGGGUCUGAACGGGCUGUCCCAUAUUAGCAAGUCGCUGACACGUCUGCAGGUGUCCGGCUGUUAUAACAUCAGCGACUCGGGCUUGGCCAUCAUCAGCGAGCUGCACAAUCUGAAGCAGUUGCUCAUCUUUGAUAUGAUCUACGUCAAGAAUAUGGAAGAAGUGGCGCGCAGCCUCAAAUCAAGUCUGCCCGAAUGUGAUAUUCAAGCCACCAAAUUCGCCGUGCAGUUGAAAAAAAAUAAAUGAAAUUUUGGAACAGCAUUUCGAGGGCUUUAAGUUAAUGUCCUUGGGAGUGGCUGUGACUAUAAGGAAGGUUUUUCUACGUUGGACUUUUCAAUAGGAUCUGUGCCAGAAAAAGAUAAACUGAAGAUUCUGGAAAGGUUAGCCUUGUGGAUAUUUGGAAAGAAACUGUGAUGCUCCGAUCCCUCAGCCAAGUCGCUUUGGCAAAACAUUGUAAACUUACGAAUUGCAAUAAGAAUCGCUUAUGUUUUCUGUAUCAGUGUAAUUGGUGUCAGGCAUCAUGUAUAAAAUGCUCUAAAUAACUUA